UCUUUUCUAUUUUCCUUAAAAAACAUUUCUCCUUCGUUGUCCCCAAAAAAGAGCUAACUUUCCAUUUCCUUUGGAAACAGUUUCUGUGAUUUGGAGGCUGAGGGCGAACAUCUGCAUCUGAAUUUACCGCAAAUUCAUGAGAUUGUAGAGUCGUGAAUCUUGCUCUUUGAAGAGGAAUACACAGAGUGGACAAUUUAUUCGCUAACAAAGGAUGGAUUCAGGGAAGUGUACAUCUAGAAAUGGCGCUACAUUAUCAAGUAUGGCACCUACAAGUUUCCUGAAUAGGGUAUACACAAAAUCUCAAUUUGAAGAAGAAUCGAGAUUUGCUGAACAUACCCCAAUGAAGGAUGUAAAUAUUGACCUUAGAGAAGUUUAUUUUCUGAUUAUGCAUUUUUUGUCAUCUGGGCCAUGCCGAAAAACGCUUGGGAUACUCCGUGAUGAACUUUUGGAAUAUGAGCUUCUACCUAGGAGAUAUCAUACUUGGUAUUCAAGAAAAGAUGUACCCAGUGGAGAUGACGAUGACAAUGGUGUUUCUUUCCCUCUAAAUUAUGAAGAUCUGGUGCUAAGGUAUCCUCAUGUUGAAAAGGAUCACUUAGUAAAGUUGCUUAAACAACUGCUGCUGAGUUUGGGUCCUCCAUUGCAAUGUGGUGGGGGAGAUGCCCCGGGUGCUGCUGAUGUCCCCACGCUACUUGGAUCUGGGCCUUUUUCUCUUUUGGCUUGUGAGAGAAACGGAGUAAAUAAGCAGGCUCAAUCCCUUCCUUCAUACCUCCGUUGGCCACACAUGCAGGCUAAUCAGGUGCAUGGUCUAAGUUUGAGAGAGAUUGGAGGUGGUUUCCCAAAACAUCACCGUGCUCCAUCUAUUCGUCUUGCAAGUUAUGCUAUUGCAAAGCCGUCAACUAUGGUUCAGAAGAUGCAAACCAUAAAGAAACUAAGGGGACAUAGGGAUGCUGUUUAUUGUGCAAUAUUUGACCGCUCAGGAAGAUAUGUGAUUACUGGAUCUGAUGAUCGCCUUGUCAAGAUUUGGUCAAUGGAAACUGGAUUUUGCCUGGCUAGUUGCCGAGGACAUGAAGGUGACAUCACUGAUUUGGCUGUCAGUUCAAACAAUGCUUUAGUGGCGUCUGCAUCAAAUGACUACAGCAUUCGAGUUUGGCGUUUGCCAGAUGGGUUACCUAUUUCAGUUUUGCGUGGACACACUGGAGCUGUCACUGCUAUCGCAUUUACUCCAAGGCCUAGCUCUGUGUAUCAGCUUCUAUCGUCAUCAGAUGACGGAACUUGUCGCAUUUGGGAUGCUAGGUAUUCCCAGUGUGUUCCACGCGUUUACUCGCCGAGGCCAAAGGAUAACGUUUCUGUGAAGAGCAGUGCUCCCGCAAUAACCAACAUUCAGUCCUCAAGUAAUACAUCACAUAACCAUCAAAUUUUGUGUUGUGCAUACAAUGCCAAUGGAACUGUCUUUGUCACUGGCAGCUCUGAUACUUUAGCGAGGGUCUGGAGUGCUUGUAAAUUCUCCCCAGAUCGCCCCGAGGAACUAAAUCAUGAAAUAGAUACAUUAUCUGGUCAUGAAAAUGAUGUCAACUAUGUACAGUUCAGUGGCUGUGCAGUUGCUUCACGAUCUUCAACUUCUGAUUCAUUUGUGGAGGACUGCAUUCCAAAAUUUAGGAACUCUUGGUUUAGCCAUGACAACAUAGUCACUUGUUCUCGGGAUGGAAGUGCAAUUAUUUGGACCACAAAACCACGCAAGUCGUCCCAUGGAAAACUUGGACGUUCUUGGGGUAAGGCAUAUCAUCUUAAAGUUCCUCCCCCGCCAAUGCCACCACAGCCUCCUCGAGGAGGGCCACGACAGAGAUUUCGCCCUACUCCUCGUGGUGUUAACAUGAUAGUAUGGAGCCUGGAUAAUCGCUUUGUACUGGCUGCUAUAAUGGGUAUCUUAUCUUAAUUGCAUAUUCAGUUCAAAAGUUUCGCAUUGGAACAUACUUUUAUUUCAUCAAAGCUUAUGUUGCUCGGACUCGGGUGCGGGUAUCGAUACGGGUGCGGACCUACAGAUCGGAUUCUUGAUCACAUAAAGUUUAGGAUUGGGGGGUAUGCAUUCGAGUGCGGAUACGGGUGCUGGGAUACGGUAAAUAAAUGUAACAUAUAAAGUAUAUACUUCGAUUAGUUAAAGUUAUUGAACUAAAACUAAUAACAAUUAAUUCUUUAUAGACACCUAAUAUUUUAUUCAUAAGAUAUCUCGCAUAAUAGAAAAACAUAAUAUAACUAUGUUUAUAUAUUUGACAUAAACCCAAAUAUCAAACCAACUACCCAAUCAAUUUAUACUUCUCGGUCAUGGAAUGUAGUCAAAGUACCCAAGGUAAGUAAAUCUGGUGUGGAUCCACACCUUUCGUGUCGACACAGGUGCGGCAAGGGUUUUGAAGAGUCCGAACAACAUAGAAUUCAAAACUAUUUUAAAUAUGAUUAUGGGAUGAAAAUUUCAUUUCUUUCCUAUUAAAGUUUGGUGUUUGUGAAGUGAAGCAUCUAGUUGUUGACCCGUUAUACCAUAUACAAAGUUGAUUCUUAACAGGCAUGAAUGCACAUUCACAAGCUUGUUAGUAGGAGUAUGUCGUG